ACCAUGGAGCUCCACGCAAUGCAAACUUUCUGCCUUCUGCUGUCUCUUUUAUUUGCGAGUGUUUUUGCAGAUCUCCAUUCGCCUGAGGUCCACACAGAGCUCGGCAGCAUGAAAGGUCAGUAUGUGACUGUGAAGGGGACAGAGGCGGGGGUCCAUGCCUUCCUGGGUGUCCCAUUCGCAAAGCCACCUGUGGGUCCUUCACUGAGGCUGGCUGCACCUCAGCCUGUGGAGGGAUGGAAGGGAGUGAGAGACGCCACCAAGCAGCCAGCCAUGUGCAUUCAAAGCAGAGCAGCUGUUGAAGAAAUACUUGGAAAACUGGGUGGGAUUUCAGCAGAAAUACCUGAAGUUUCAGAAGACUGUCUUUACCUCAAUAUAUACACUCCUGCAAAGAAACCUGAGAAUGCCAAGCUUCCAGUUAUGGUCUGGAUUCACGGUGGGGCCUUCAUCACGGGGGGCGCUUCGCUGUAUGACGGCUCUGCUCUUGCUGCUUACCAGGACGUGGUUGUGGUUCUGAUCCAGUAUCGUUUGGGACUCUUGGGGUUUCUCAGUACUGGAGAUGAGCAUUUGGCUGGAAACUUUGGCCUGUUGGACCAGGUAGAAGCCUUGAAGUGGAUCCAGCAGCAUAUUCACAACUUUGGAGGAAACCCAGAUUUGGUUACAAUAUUUGGAGAGUCCGCUGGUGGAAUGAGCGUCUCCUUCCUGCUCCUCUCACCGUUGCCUGAUGGCCUUUUCCACCGAGCCAUUGCUGAGAGCGGCACGGCAGCCAUAGAAACACUUGUGACAAACAAUCCCCAACCAGUGGCGAAGUCUAUUGCAGUUGCAUCUGGCUGUAGCCUUGAAAGCACAGAGAAGUUUGGUGAAUGCAUGAGACACCUUGACAUUAAUACCAUAGUAGCCAUUGCACAGAAUAAAAGACUGGGCUAUACUAUCAAUGUCGAUGGACACUUCCUGAGAAAACCUGUGGAUGAACUGUUCCGCAAACAUGAACUCCAAACUGUACCGUUCAUGACUGGUGUAAAUAAUGAUGAGGGUGGAUUUCUACUUCCUUUUCAUUUUAUUCCUUCAAACUGGACAGAAGGAUUAGACCGGGAGCAUGUUGUGAAAAUGAUGUACAUGUUUUUCCCUGAUGAGAAAGGUGCAGCUGCACGAGAACUGUUAACAGAGGAAUAUAUCGGAAAUGGAGAAGAUCGAGUGAAAAAUAGAAAUGGUUUCACUCAGGCGCUUGGAGACCUGAUGUUUGUCAUUCCAGCUAUCAAAACUGCGAAUGCUCACAGAGAUGCUGGUGCUGCUGUUUAUCUGUACGAGUAUCAACACCCUCCGAAACUGCUGAGGGAAAGAAGGCCCAGCUUUGUGAAAAGUGACCAUUGUGAUGAAAUUGCUAUGGUCUUUGGAUUAUGCUUUACAACCGCUCAUGUUAAUAUAAACGUUGAAUGCCCUGAAGAAGAGGAACAGCUGAGCAGAACCAUCAUGAGCUACUGGGCCAACUUUGCCCGGACGGGGUCUCCUAACGGGGACGGACUGGCUCCCUGGCCAAAGUAUGGAGCAGAAGAGCAGUAUCUGGCCAUUGGUUUGGAGGAGCAGGUGGUUGCAGAUCACCUGAAGAAGGAUCGGUUUGUCUUCAUGACUCAGAUCCUUCCAGAGAAGAUCAAACAACUUCAGGAGGAAACUGAGCACAGUGAGCUGUAGAACAGCAACAU